AUGAUCUUCCAGAGCACUACCUGGUUGGAUGCAACAAAGGAGCUCACGAGCCUGCGGCUACCUAAUGUUACAGCAGGCUCGGGGACAGGGGUUGGCGGGGAUGAGCAAGAGACGACGCUGCAUGUCUUCGCGGUGUCGCUAAUUCAAGCGAAGGGCGAGGGGCUAGCACUAGAUGUGCAGUUUGCACGGUCUACAAAUACGUGGUUCGAAGGCACGAACAAGACACAGAUUUACGAGGCGACCAUCAACAACGUGGGCACCGAGUGGGUUCUGGCCGAUCACAGCGUGCAGGUUGCGGUGGAAUCCGACGGAGUCAAGACGGUGAAACCAGGUGCUAUCAAACGCCUGCGUCCGGGAGAUCAGUCAAGGGUUCAAAUUGGCGUCGUUAACAAUGACGGCGUAGCAGAGGGCACCAACGGCCCAGCCACCAUCAAGAUCUCGGGCCAAGGAGUUCAGACAAACUACACUUUCAACGCAACCUACGGCAUCUCCGCCUACGAACCCACCUUCGAGAGCAUCUACCUCCACGAGUCCCCACCAUGGUACAGCAACGGAAAGUACGGCAUCUUCAUCCAUUGGGGCGUCUACAGCGUCCCCGGGUGGGGAAAUGUGUCACCAAACGAGGGCUACGCGGAGUGGUACUGGUGGGACCUCAACGGCGGCCCCAACACGUCCACCGACACAUAUCAUUACCAUCUCAAGACAUAUGGCCCAGACGUCGUGUACGACGACUUCAUCGCGAACUUCACCGCAUCCGCGUUCGACCCAAAGGAGUGGGUCGAUCUCUUCGCCGCCGCGGGCGCCAACUACUUCGUCCAAGUCUCCAAGCACCACGACGGCUACGCGCUCUUCGACCUCCCCACAAACGUCACCAAGCGCACCAGCGUGGCGCAGUUCCCCCACCGCAACCUCCUCCAAGAACUUUUCGACGCCGCAGCCAAAUACCAGCCCCACUUGCACAAAGCAACGUACUUCUCCCUCCCGGAAUGGUUCAGCCCCGCCUACGCAAGCCUCGGCUUCGGCUCCUGGCCCGGCGGCAACGCCACGAAUCCAUUCACCAAUGAGACGCUGCCGUACACGGGCUUCGUGCCAGUGGGCGACUACGUCACGGAUGUAAUACUCCCUGAGAUGCGCACGCUGGCGGACAUGGGGACUGAGAUUAUGUGGUGCGAUAUCGGGGGCCCGAAUCUGACUGCGCUCUUCGCGUCUGAGUACUUCAAUGACAUGGCGGCGCAGGGGAAGCAAGUGCUUACCAAUAAUCGAUGCGGGACGCCCGGUGAUUUCGAUACGCCUGAAUACGCGCGGUACGAUGCUGUGCAGGCGCGUAAGUGGGAGAGCAAUCUGGGCUUAGAUCCCUUCAGCUACGGGUACAAUAGAGCUACGCCGGACGAUGCGUAUCUCACACCGCAGGGUAUUGUGACGAGUCUAGUCGAUAUCGUGAGCAAGAACGGGAACUUCCUGCUAGAUGUGGGCCCCACGGCUAAUGGGACAAUCAUCGAGAUAGAGCAGAGGAAUUUGAGAGAGGCGGGGAAGUGGAUUAAGAGCCAUGCGGAGGCUAUCUUCAACACGACGUAUUGGUAUGUCACUCCUGAGGAGGGGCAAGCGGUUCGGUUCACGCAAACGCCAGAUGCAUUUUAUAUCUCGACGCUCUAUGCACCGAACAGCACGCUAGUGCUUAGCUCACCGGUGCCAUACGUGGAGGGAGACCAAGUGACGGUUGUAGGCGGGAACAUGUCUGGGGCGGUGGUGCCGAGCCGGCUCACCGAAGAUAGGAGUCUAGAGCUGACGAUCAGUGAGGCGGUUAAGAGCGCGGAUCAGUACGCUUGGGUCUUCAAGAUCUCGUAUUAG